AGGUUCUCCAUGUUGUCUGAGCACUACGAUCAGAUAUGGUAUACACGUGCUGAAUUCACAGAAGAGUACAUCGACUCUUCGCGUUCUUUUCGUGUACCGGGCCGUUCUCCACCUUCAAUGAUGCCAACAUGAAACUUCUGGGGCGCUUGGUUUUAGGCCUCGCAGUUGAAGAGAGCCGUGCCGCGCACACAGAACCACGGUGUGUACCGGAGUCAUGGACCACAUUUCAGAACACGUCUCCGAUGAGUUCGGACCGGGGGCAGAUAUCGCGAGGAGAUACCCAAAAUCCCGGUGACUCUUCGAGCAAAGAUAUUUGGAGAACCAGGCUAAUGCUUAGUCCUCCCACCCCCCCUUCAAGUUGAGGGUUCUUGUGCUCUUAAGUUUGUUGAAGUGUCAGUGAAGAAGGUAAGCUGCUUGCUCCACCG